UGUUAAGUCAAAUGUUUGAAAGAAAAUGUCAUGUGCAUGAUGUGCAUGUGCACACGAUUUGUGAUUUGUCAACAAAUAAUGCGUGCGGUGAAAUUCGUGGACAUGUAAAUACUUGUUUCUUGUUUGCGAAAAUAGCAAGAAGAGAAGAACUAUUCAAUUUAAUGAACAAUUCAAACAGAAAAUAACCAUACAUACAUGUUGGAUGUUGGUACCGCAGUAGUGACUAACGAGGGGUUGUUGAAACGAGUCCCACGAUGUCUGGUCCCUGGCCGCCGGCGCCCGAGCCCGAGGCGGAAGCGGUCCCCGCCGAGGACAUGCCGUUCGCGCAGCUCUGUGACUUACUCGAGCGUCUGCAUAAGAGGAAGAAAGAAUGGUCAGAGCAGGAUAACAUACUGACGGCCUUCUUUGACGAGUUCAGGCUGGUGGCUGCCAGGAUCACUGGGAAAAAGAACUGCAGCCUGUUUCCCGUGAUGCGCCUUCUACUUCCAGCGCUGGACCGCGAGCGAGGCGCCUACCACCUCAAAGAAACCUCUUUAGGGUCCACUCUAGUCAGAGUGCUGGCUCUGCCGCCGACUUCCGCUGAUGCGCUCCGCCUGACGAGCUAUCGCUCCGUCAGCAACGCACAGGACAGCGACCUCGCCGGUGUGGCUUACUUCGUUCUGAAGAACCGUUUCGCGCGCCAGCCCGGCUCGCUCACCGUGAAAGACGUCAACGAGGUGCUGGACAAGAUCGCCAACGCGCAGGUCGGGGGGAAGGCGAGAGUACUGGACGAGGCGUUCGGCACAGUGUUCCGUCAACUAAGCGCCGACCAACUGAAGUGGUUCCUACGUAUAGUGCUGAAGGACCUGCGCCUUCGCAUAGGCCACGCCAGGAUCCUCGCCGCCAUGCACCCCGACGCGCCAGAGUACUAUGACUCUUGUAGCAACCUGCUUAAGACAUGUUCGGAGCUGGAGCCAGGCUCGGCGCGCCCCCUAGAGCUCGGCGUGCAAGUUUUCUUCGCUGUCAGCCCCAUGUUGUCAGAGCGCCUCGACGUGACGCGCGUGUUGCGGUUACCACCUGCAGCUUACAUUGUGGAGGAAAAGUUCGACGGCGAGCGAUUUCAGAUCCACAUCCAAGACGGCGUGUUCGAGUACUUCUCCCGCAAGGGCCACUCGUACGGCCAACACUUCGGCACCGGAGACGACAACGGUCUGCUCACUCCUAAACUACGCCAGGGUCUCGCUCCAGGAGUCAGGAGCGUGGUGCUGGACGGCGAGAUGAUGGGCUGGCACAAGCAGCGCCAGGUCUUCGGGACCAAAGGCAUGUCCUUCGACGUGAAGAAGAUAACUGAGAACUCCGCCUUCCAACCGUGCUUCUGCGCCUUCGACGUGCUGCACUACAACGGGCGGGGGCUCGCGGGCGCGGGCGGGGGCGGGGGCGCGGGCGCGGGCGGGGGCGGGGCGCCGCUGCGGGACCGGCUGGCCGUGCUCGACUCCAUCAUCACGGAUGUGCCGGGAGUGUUGCUCCGAAGCAAGCGCCGAACAGUCACUGACCGUUCGGAGAUCCUGGAGGCGCUCAACAGAGCGAUCGAAGACCAAGAAGAAGGUAUCGUGGUGAAAGACCUGGACUCGCACUACCUGGCCAACCGCCGCAAUGCCGGCUGGUAUAAGGUCAAACCCGAGUACACGGAAGGCACGAUGGUGGAACUGGAUCUAGUGGUGGUUGGCGCAGAGGAAGCGAGCGACAAGCGCCGCGGCCGCGCGCGCAGCUUCCACGUCGCCUGCGCGGACAGUGGUGUUCCAGGGCGCCCCCACCGCUGGGUGGUGGUGGGGCGCGUGGCGAGCGGCCUGACGUUCGAGCAGCGCGAGGGGUUGUGCGCGCGGCUGGAGCGGCACUGGGUGUCGCGGCGACGCGCGCCGCCGCCCGCCUGCCUCGUCUUCAACAAGGAGAAGCCCGACUUCUGGCUCAUGCCAGAACAUUCAAUCAUUUUACAAGUUCGCGCCACAGAGUUAAUCCGCAGCACGGACUUCGGCACGUCGCACACGUUGCGGUUCCCGCGCGUCACGGCCGUGCGCGACGACAAGCCCACGACGGACGCCAUGCCGCUCGCCGAGUUCAACGCACUGGUCAAGGACAGGUCGGUGGUGAAGCUCAGCAAGCGGCGGGUGUCCGCGGCCGCGCUGGAGGCCGCCGCGGGCACCGGCGCCGCGCCCCCCGCGCCCCCCGCGCCCCCCGCGCUCCCCGGCGCCGCGCCCCCCGCGCCCCCCGCGCCCCCCGGCGCCGCCGCCGCGCCCGAGCCGCGCCGCAAGCGCACGGCGCGCGUGCUGGAGGUUCCCGACCACUUCCGCACUACAUCUAUACAGGACGUCGAGGUGGUGUCGGCGGCGUUGAAAGGGCGCGAGGUGUGCGUGGUGUCGGGCGACGAGGCCAGCAGUAAGGCCGACCUCGUGCGCGCGGUGCGCUCGCAUGGCGGCCGACACGUCGAGAACGUAGGCCCGUCGACAUGGUGCUGCGUGGCGGGCCGGAAGGUGUUCCGCGCGCACUCCGCGCAGGCGCGCGACGUCGACCUCGCCUCCGCCGCCUGGCUCCGCUCGCUGCCGCCCUCAGACACCCCGGUAGAACUGACGCCCCUAGACUUGCUGACCGCCUGUAGGACCACCAAGUUCAACAUGUGUCGCCGUUAUGACCGCUUCGGGGAUAGUUAUGUGGAUGCCACCGACGAGGACACGCUGCGGCGGUGCUUCAUGAAAGUGGACGAGGAGCCCGAGAUCCACCUGACCCGCACUGAGAUGCUGCAACUCGACCGCGUCCUCUUCGGCGACCAGCACCCCUUCUCCUUCCUCCGCAACUGCGCCCUCCACUUCCCCACCCCCACCACCACCACAAUCGUCGCCAGAAUGUACGGAGCCAGCGUCGUAGAACCGCACAACGCUAGUUUAACGCAUGUAGUUCUGCCGCGGGGUUCAGAUAAGGCAGCUGUUAGUCGGGCCGAGAGGAUUGGAAGAGGGCUGGUGGUGUCGGAGGAUUGGUUGGACGCGUGUGUGGAGGAGCGGGAGUAUGUCAAUGAGAAGCCGUUUUUGUUCAAUUGUAUAGAUUUGUAUGUGCCUUAACAUAUUGAAUAAAAUAGGUAUUAUGUUAACUGUU